GCUUUAUUGUGUAUGUAGACAUCCUGGCCUAUAGGUGGCAGUGUGGACAAAAACCACAAGCCCAAAUGAACCGACUGAUGACGACCGUGAAAACAGAAGCUACUGCCCAUGCGCGUGUGAAGGCUACGUCAGCUCUUCUCAGACAAGCUUCCCACACGCUACGUGUCCUCACUCCUCUGACUGUCUUCUCUUUAACACGACCUCACAGACCGCUUCAACACCAUGGAUCAGGUUAUGCAGUUUGUGGAGCCAAGCCGGCAGUUCGUCAAAGACUCCAUUAGGCUCGUAAAGAGAUGCACAAAACCCGACAGAAAAGAAUUCCAGAAGAUUGCCAUGGCCACAGCGAUUGGAUUUGCCAUCAUGGGCUUCAUUGGUUUCUUCGUCAAACUCAUCCACAUCCCCAUCAACAACAUCAUUGUUGGUGGUUAAAUCCUGGACAGAACAAACUCAAACUUCAAUUCCUGGGGACGAAGAUGGUGAUGCAUGGUGUUAUUGGGCUGGUGUGAUUGGGGACUGAAGGGAUGACAUUUUUACAUUCUGUGCACAACAACAUUUAUAUUUCAAUGUGUAAAUAAACCAAAUAGAAACAACAACAACAGAA